AUGAAUGCGUACAAACAGCAUUUUCUUCGUAUGGCAAUCUACAAUCGAUGGGCUUACCGGCAGCUGUAUGAGAAAUUAGAUAAACAUAUAUCCGAUGAAGACUAUCGUACAGACAAUGGUCUUUUCUUUCGAUCGAUUCAUGGGACUUUAGUUCAUUUACUUCUAUCAAGUAAAGUUUGGUAUGCUCGUCACGUGAAUUCGCCAUAUGAAGAAAAGUAUCCGUUUCAGUUGAGUUCCUACUGGUCUCGACCAGCCCAUGAAUGGGAACAAGCUGUAACGGAUCGUAAAGAACUUCGUCAAAUGAUCUUCAUCGAAUGUGACCGGUGGAUAGAUUUUGUUAGACAAUUGGAUACUGAAGCGCUGAUGAAAGAAGACACAUUUACAUAUGUCGAUACAAAGGGCAAUCAACAUGAACGGGUUCGCGCAGAGGUACUCGAUCAUAUAUUUAAUCAUAAUACUCAUCACCGGGGACAAAUUACAGCAAUUAUUACAAAAUACGCAGGACAAGAUGGUUCACCGGUCCUCGAUCUCGUUGCAAUGCCGAAAGACGAAUUUACAACUGUGAACUAA